AUGUGGCAAUCUGGGGCACAUAUGAUGGAGCAUACCAUAGCAUUUCAGAGCACUCCAGAGCAUGCCAUGGCCCUCCAGGGUGAGCUGCAGCAUAUGUUCCAAAGUGAACUGUGGCAUGCCAGCCACUCCAAAGCAAAUGCCAGAGCAUGCCAUGGCCCUCUGGAGCACACUGUAGCACAUGUGCCAGAGCAAACCAUAGCAUUCUGGAGCACUCCAGAGCAUGCUAUAGCCCUCCAGGGUGGGCUGCAGCCACAUAAUUCAGUCAACCAAAGUCCUGAAACUGGGACACCUGAAGUGUACAUUCACCCUGAAAGUGGGACUAACCAAUGUCAGCCAAUGGCCCUCAAAGUGGGUUGGCCACAGCUCAUGGGACUGCCUAAAGGUGGCAUUGGCCAACCUACCCUGGAUGGUGAGCUCCCUAGAAGUGGUGUCAGCCAACCUAGCCUCAGCAUGAGGGAGCCCCCUGGAAGUGGUAGUGGCCGACCUAGCCUCAGCAUGAGGGAGCUCCCUAGAAGGGGUGUUGGUCGACAUCACCACUUCAUGGGUGAGCUCCCUAGAAGUGGUGUCAGCCAACCUAGCCUCAGCAUGAGGGAGCUCCCUGGAAGUGGUAGUGGCUGA